CAUUCGCACACAGACGCAGUGAGACGCUUCGAUGCCAAAGAAACGUUAUCACAGACUCAACCGAGGGGUGGAAAAAAGAAAUCCUGCUUUGAAUCAUUUUUAAACCAAUUGUUGUCGCCAUGAGAGAAGAUACAACUGAGGAGAACGAGGCGGGGUCGGACGAGAAUGGAGAAGAUGUAGCAGGUCUGGACUCUGGAUCCGGUGAAAGACGCUCUAGUCUUGUGACGCUACAGCACAUGCUAAAGAAGGUUUCCCAGAGCCCUUUUCAAAACCAAUACACGACUCUUGUUUCGUCAAACUCUGAAUCCAGUGGAUUGCCUGUGAACGAGUCUGUCAACAAACAGGACGGUUUGAAGGCAGAGGAUACAAAUAUUUCUCCUGCUGCAGCACAGAAUGGAGUCGACAGAGGUUUGGUAAAAAAUAACCCUUUCUAUUCCUAUUUUUUGGAAUCGGGCAGCAAAGGACAUUUAAAGGAAGAUGCGGGGAGAAAAACUUCAGAGGAACUCAACCUUGAUGGCAUCAUUGUCCCACCUCCUGAAUUCCAGAGUACACCUCUGGAUCUUCCAACUGGAAUGAAAACUGGGGGAAAUGGAGCUCAUUUUUCAGAACCUCCAGAUGCCAUUACCCCAAGCCAAGUAAAAGGGCUCUUCCAGACGUCAACAUCUGCCCAACACACGCCUACCAAUGGCCAUUUUUAUGAUGUAACCCUGAGCUCGCCAGGCUUAUUGAAGUCGACGUCUACUGAAACCCCAAACCUCUCCAAACCCUUACAGUCCCGUGCUGGAGACAAUAGUGUCUUUGACGACCCGUUUAGAUCUCCUUUGAAUCUGUCUGAGUCUCCUCAGCCUAUGGUGGCAAACCCUUUUCACACAGCCACAACCAAUGAAGUGGACAAAGAGCAUGAUUUUAAAAGGUCUUCCAAGGAAAUCGGCGAUAUAUUUUCACCAGCAUCCACAUCUGCGGUCGACCCAUUCCCGAGCCCAAUUACAAGGACUUUAUUCCAAGCCGCUUCCAGUCCGGAUGACCCCUUUGGUUCUACUCCCUCAAAACAAUUUGACCCUUUCCAAGAUGUUUCUAUUGGCACUCCGGACAUCUUCCAACCACUUCCAUCAAAGACUAACGGAAACGUUGGUUGGCCAGAAACAGAGGCGGAUAUAUCGUCACCAGAUCUCUUCAAAGCAGCGCCAUUAGAAUCCACCCAGGCCUUGUCUUCCGACAGGCUACAGGACAUUGUCUUGACGACUCCCGGGGGUACUAAACAUGACAUCCUUCAGCCAUCUCCCUUCAGUCGGGCCAGGAAUCUGUCCAUGACACCCAGCCAAUCCCAAACUCAGAUGAACCAUGUUCGAACCUUCAAGCGUCCACCAAAGCCGCUUCCUCGAAGUAAACUACAGAAGACUGAAAAGCCACUCGGGCCAGAAAAGCCACCCAUGCCAGAAAAGCCACCGAAACCAGAAAGACCACCCUUACCAGCCAACCUGACUAAACCGGAUCCACCUGUGCCAAAAACAUCACCAAAACUGUCCUUCAAAGGGCUCCCAAAACCGGUCAUUCCACGCAGACCCAAAACACCGGAAAGUAAACCAACAGACCCUGAAAACUAUGUUGUCUACGAAGACGUCCUGCUAACUGGACAGGAAAGGUGUGUUGAAGACUGGCCCGAAGACAGCCCAGAGCUCAGCCCCAACUUCAAACCAUCGGGAACAUUGAGACUACGACGAGAGUCCUACAAGAUGAAGGGGAACUCUGAUGGCGGAAGUGGGGAAGAUCAAGACGGCCUCGGCAGUCAGGUCAAGAAAAAGGAACCAAAACUCAGAAUGUCACUCCUCUCCAGAAGAGGGUCGAAGGAGAAGUUUUCUGAUGAUACAAAAGAAGGGAAGAGCAGGACACUACCCACAUCACGUCGACCUUCAAAGGAUUAUUAUUCAGAAUGGAACUUGUCACCUGGAGAAAAUGAAGAUGGGGAACAGAACGAGACGGACUACAGAAAGAAACCACUGAAGACCAAAGUCAGUCAGCUGCUUAGACGAGCAUCCACUAACUCCUCUGUGCUAAAUGGACAUUUACAUCAAGAAACCAAGGAUGGUGAGAAGAAAAGUGUCGGCAAGAAAAACUCUAUAAUACGCCGAUGGUCAGAGGGGACUGCUUUGGAUGGCAGCACUGGUGAGGAGGAUGGAGGAGAAGCCCAUCAUGGAGAGAAGAAAACAAAGAAGAUGAAGAUCAAGUUUGUUCCACAAAGGGGAUACACGAUCACUUUAGAAAAGAAUGACGGACUAAAGGGAGCACACGGAUACACACCUCGUAAGAGCUCAAAGGAUAAAUCUCAGGAUGAGGUUUUGGGCGCGUGUGGCUACACACCCCGAAAAACGUCCCAGGAUGAUGCUUUUGAAUAUGAAGAGGAGCUGAAACGCCAGAGUCUUCAGUCAACUAGCAAGGCUGAUUUAAUGGACGAUGAAGACUUCCAGAGGGCGCUCCACAUGUCUGCUGGAUUGAACGGAGAUGUAGACCCAUACGGAAUGGAAGAUGUUAAACCUAAGAAACCGACAAAGAUGAAAAUGCUGCACGUGGGUCGUCGAAGCUCCAAAGAGGACAUGCUGGACGACCCUUAUCUUCAGAAGAAGAAGAGCAGCUUCUCCGCAGAAGAGUUAGACGAUGAAGAUCUAAAGGGGAUGGAUAAACCGAAAAAGUCCAAACACAAAGCCCCGGAUCCCCCACCUCGCAAGCCGAAGACGAGCAACGGCCAGAGUGAACCCAUUGGAUUCAGCCACCACAUGCCUCAACAAGCAGCAUGUGAUGUCUUUGCUGAGGAUUUUGAUCAAACAGGAAAAGAAUUCAUGAGUCCAGAAGAGAUGUACGGCAGCGACCUGGAUGAAGCGGACGUCUGCAAACCGAAGAAGUCGUCCAAACUGAAACUUCUCAAGAAAUCCAAGGCCAAGAACAAAGCAAUGGAUUCAGAGUCGGAUGAUCCAACAGGAGCUACAUCUGGAGGCUUCAUGUCAGAGGCCGCCGAGGCGGAGUGGUUAGCCGCUCAGAUGGAUGAGCGAGCUGCAGAAGGUCUGGAGGACGACGACGAGGAAGGGGACACUGACAGUUUGAUGGAGUGGUGGAACACUGUGGAAAAAUGGGAUGAGGUGCCGUCAGAUGAUGAGGACAAAGUCCUACAGGAGGAUGAAGCCAGGUCAUUCAGCAUCUUGGCAGACAAAGUCAACUGCGGCAUCCGCGUCUACAACAAGGUCUUCACCGAGCGAGCCGAGGUCCUGUGGCAGUCCAUCAUUACGCUCCACGCCAUCGCGGACAACAUCAGCACCUUCCAUCACAAGGCGAAGAUCGCUGGCAUCACCGGGGGCACCACCACAGCUGUCGGGGGUGUAACGGCCAUUGCCGGUUUGGCACUGGCCCCCUUUACUUUCGGGGCCUCUCUCAUAGUAACCGCUGUUGGUGUUGGCGUGGCAACAGCUGGUGGAAUCGCUUCGGCCUCUGCGGCAAUAUCGGAUAAUGUCAACAACAUGCACGACCGCAAGAAGGUGGAGAUGGUACUGGAGGAGUACGAGGCUCACCUGCUGGACAUCGGGAAGAUCGUCCACUUUGUGAACCAGGGCUUGUACAAACUGCGCGGUCAUCCUUUCCUCAGGUCGGGCACCCAGCACUACUCCAAGGACUGGGAGGUCCGCCAGGCGGUUCAGAUGAUCAGCUUAGUGGACGCGCCCAUCUUGCGAGCGACCGAGGUCACGGAUGAGGCACUGGCCGCGGUUCAAGGACUCUUUGUGGGCAUGGACAAGUACUUUGUCAAGGACUCAAGAGAGCUGAAGAAAGGAUGCAAGAAAGAGGUGGUGUCUCAGAUAAAGGAGGUGGCGGCCAUGCUCAAUGAUGGAAUAGUGGAGCUCAACGCAAUCAGAGAGGAGCUACAGGAGGCUACUGGGUACGUGUGAGCCACAUUGUGACUCCACUUUGACUUACAAAGACCGUUAGCCCCCUCUACUGGCUAAAGAAGGGAAAUGUUUGUUGCCUGCUGUUAAAAACUUUCCUAAAAUCAGUCUGCUAAAACAGACUCAAGGUGUGAUUAGACAUUUUAUUUAUUUAAAAAUCAGUAAAUUGCAAAAACUAAAAUCACAACCAAAUAAUUCAUCUCUGGUGACUUAAGAUUUGCACUUUGUUGUAAGAUGUUUACGAAACACACACAGGUUGGUCCAAAUACCAGGGACAGUGACACCUCUAAUUGAGCACUUUAGACACUAUUGUAUGAGUGAAGAGGUUCAACAUAAGGUGAAUCUAAAUGUUGCUCUGUGUCGAGAGACGGUUCGGUUUAGACAUUUGAACUGUGUGUAAGCACCAUCACCGUCCACUACAGUGUAUUUAAGCUCUAUAACACCGAGUUGACAAAGAAGUAAACUCAGAAAAUAACUAUUUUUGAACAGCUAUUCAAUCUUAACUUAAAGUAUAUUUAAUUUGAUCUCUAUAUUUGAGGAGAGUGUAAUCAGUGUAUGUUUUAUAUUUCAAAUGUUAAUGAGAAUAUAAAAAGAGGAAACUGCAGACAACAAAGUGGCAUAGGGAGUGUAAAGGUGUUGAAGUUGCAAUAUUGAGUUUAGCCACAUGCAGGACUCAGCUUGUGAAAAGUAACCUUCAUGUCCUUUAGACGUUUAUCCUGUGUUCAAUAUUGACAAACUAAAACUUUGCUCAAAACAAGAUUUCCAGACACCUCCAUUUAAUGGCACAUGUUCUCUUGCUGAAUUGGGGGUACUGGUUGGCUGGUGGGUCAGCUACACAACCUUCUUCUAUCACAACUAUUUUAUUUGUGUAUCUUUUUGUUGUAUUUAAGUGCUUUAAGCCACACGUCACCGGUACCUAAAAGGCCUCUGAGAAAACACUUUGUUCACUUUUUUAAAGGUAGUGCAGCUUCAUUAUUAGACGAGUACAAUAUAAUGUUUAAAUAAAAACUUGAUACACUUCUGGUUUUUACCUUGUGUCAUCCAUGUAAAUGUGCAGAAGGUGUUAAGGUGUGCCUAUAGCUUCAUGGUUUGAACCUGUGUGUGUCCCUGUAAUAUUCUGUUAUCACACUCAAACUUAAUUAUUAAUGUCUUCAGAUGUUGUAAAUAGACUGCUAUUAUUACAUGUCAUAAUUGAGAAAUGUUUAGGGAAAAGUUGUUCUUCUAUAUAUCAUCCAUUCAUCCAUUAUCGAAGUGGCUUAUCCAGUUUGGGGAUCUUGGGGGGGCUGUAGCCAAUCGGGGCUGUCACCCUGGACUGGUCACCUGUCAAUCACAGGACCUCUUUUUUUUUUUGUCUUGUCAAUGAUCCACACAAUCAGUGUAUCUUUCUGCAUUAUACUAACCUGAAAAGAAUGUUAAAAAUGAAAUGUUCUCUUUAAGUAUAUUCAGAUAUCGUGAUUUAAAAUGUAUCUGUGAAUAAAAACUUUAUUUUAAAUGA